UAUUGUUCAGAAACACCUCCAGAAUCACCUCUCUUCUGCUUUAAUACUUUUUCUGGAAAACCCUGCAUAUCAUACUACCCUCCCUGGCGAAGGUCGAUCAUUCAUACCGCAUCAUUACUAUUUUCAAACAAGGAACUGGAGGAAGCAGAACAUGCCGUGGCAAGAUGAUCCAUACAGUUUCCCACAAUAUUCACCAGACAAUAAGAUUUUAGAAAAGUUUCGCGUAGAGCAUACGUCCAUGAUCAGCAUAGUGGAACCGUUAGAAUACCUCAUCUUCGAUAAUCCUACGAAACUGAUAGAAUCAAAAAUGCUGCACUCCGCGAUUGUACAGACAUACAAUGUUGGAAUGCAGGAGGUCCACAAAAGACUCAGUGUCAGGCAGAGGGGAUGCAAAAUGAUAGUUGACGGGGGUUUACCAGCGGUACCGUUCUACUCGGAAAACGUCUGUUACGCGGAGUGCAGAAUGCGAGAGAUAUUAAAGAAAUGUUACUGCCGUCCACACUUCGCUAAACCGAUCGACGGGCAGACGACGUGCAGCGCGGCGCAACUUCGUUGUAUCAGUCGGUUCAAACACAAACUUUUCCUUUACGGCUUCGCACCCAAAUCCUGCGACUGUCUAGAAAAAUGCAACAAACAUAUCUACUACCUCAAGCCCACUGCGAGCAGCGCAUUGUAUUGUCCCUAUUACAUACUCGGUAUUCAAAUUAAGGAUUGUCCCAUAUUACGUGAAAUCUUUCUCAUGAAUUCUAGGGACGAUGCACCGAUUAGCUCGUCAGUUAUGACUUUGGAGAUCAAACUCCCGACCGUGAUUUACUCCCGGGAGCUGUCGUACGACUUGUCCAGUUUUCUGUCUAGCAUUGGUGGAGCAGCAGGCCUGUUCAUGGGAGCCAGCGUGCUGUCUUUCGUCGAGCUGUUCUAUUUUGUCACGUUGCGUUUGUACUUUCGCACGAAAGAAUAUAUGGCGAAGAGGAUGGAGAAACUGAGUUUGUUCAAAUAUUUGAGGGGGCGAAAAUAACAACGCCUCGUUUAAAAAAUAUCGUUUGUUGUAAACAAGUUAAUUCUUUUCGACGAGCCACGAUGC